AUGGCGGGGCUCCGACGCCCGCAGCCGGGCUGCUACUGCCGCACCGCCGCGGCCGUGAACCUCCUUCUGGGCGUUUUCCAGGUCCUUCUGCCCUGCUGUCGCCCGGGAGGGGCUCAGGGACAAGCGAUUGAGCCCUUGCCCAAUGUGGUGGAGCUGUGGCAGGCUGAAGAAGGGGAACUCUUGCUGCCCACUCAGGGUGAUUCUGAAGAAGAUAUGGAGGAGCAGUCUCAAGAACAAAGCUUCUCAGACAAAUUAUUUAGUGGAAAAGGCUUGCAUUUUCAGCCAUCAGUCCUAGAUUUUGGAAUUCAGUUCCUGGGACAUCCAGCAGCAAAGAUGCUCUAUGCUUACAACCCUAGUAGGGAUAGCGAGGUUGUGGUGAAUUCAGUGUUUACAACUUCUAGACAUUUUCAUGUGCCUCCUGUUCAUUGCAGGGUCAUUCCAGCAAUGGGAAAAACUUCUUUCAGAAUUAUUUUCUUACCUACUGAAGAAGGAAGCAUUGAAAGUUCUUUAUUUAUUAAUACCUCUUCAUUAGGAGUCCUUUCCUAUCAUGUAUCUGGAAUUGGCACUCGCAGAAUCUCUUUGGAAGAGUCUGCAAAGCCACUCCCCAACGCUUACUUUCUGCUUCCACAGGUUCAGAGCAUUCAGCUUUCACAAACACAGGCAGAAACCACUAAUGCUAGCCUCUUACAGGUGCAACUGGAGUGCAGUUUACAUAAUAAAGUGUGUCAACAAUUAAAGAGUUGUUACCUGGAAUCUGAUGAUGUUUUGCGGCUACAAAUGAGCAUAAUUGUAACAAUGGACAGUACCUCAAAAGAAUUCGAAGAGAACACACAAGAUCUGUUAGAUCAUCUCUCUAUUGUUUGUGUAGCAACAGAUAAAUCUGAGACGUCAGAUGAUUCUACAGUGAAUAUGUACGUAUUACAUUCAGGAAGCAGCCUUCUAUGGAUACAGGAUGUACAUCAUUUCUCACAGAGAGAUGCUCUGUCUCUGAAGUUUGAGCCAGUUCUACUACCUACUUCUACAACAAACUUUACAAAAAUUGCCUCUUUUACUUGCAAAGCUACAUCAUGUGACAGUGAAAUUAAUUAUCUAGAAGAUGUAAAGAAAACAAAACACACUCCAAUGCUAAAAACAUGCCUGUCCUCACCUGUGGUUCAAGGGUAUUUUAGAAUGGACUCUGCCGCAGCUCAGUUUCACAUAGAGACUCAUGAGAACACAUCAGGCGUCUGGUCAAUGUGGUUUCUCAAUCAUUUUGACCAUAGUAUUGUGUUAAAUGGUGUGUUUGUUUCCAAGGAGACCAAACACCUUUUAAAGAUUCUGAAUUUCACUGGCCCUUUAUUUCUACCUCCAGGCUGUUGGAAUAUAUUGUCUUUGAAACUUGCUGUUAAAGACAUUGCCGUAAAUAUAUUCACCCAUGUAUUUUUCACUACAAACAUAGGUGCCAUUUUUGCAAUACCUCUACAGAUAUACUCGGCACCGACCAAGGAAGGGAGUCUGGGUUUUGAAGUGAUAGCACAUUGUGGCAUGCAUUAUUUCAUGGGAAAGUCAAAAACAGAAAUCCCUAAUUGGCAAAGGAGCCUUUCUCUUGAUCGAUCUACGUGGGAUGCGGAUUUCGAACUGGCAAAUAAAUUGUAUGAAAGAUGGAAGAAAUUAAAAAACGGUGAUGUUUGCAAGAGAAAUGUUUUAGGAGUGACUCGGUAUGCUCACUUGAAGAAAUCCAAGGGGUCAGAAUCCUUUGCUCUUUUUUUGCCUCGUUUGAAUACAGAGCCGGGUCUUGUAUUAAACUUCAGCGCAACUGCCCUAAGGAACAGUGUGGUGAAGUAUUUUGUGGUGAAGAACCCUUCUUCUUUGCCCGUCUCCCUGCAGCUCCUCCCUAUCUCCUUAUAUCCUCAACCCGAAGCUGCUCUGCACCUGCUCCACAAAUGGUUUGGCAUCGAUACGCAGAUGAUUAAUUUAACAACUGGUGAAUUCCAGCUCACCAAAGCUUGCCCUUACCGGGGAAUGCAUUCUGAAGAGUCCAGGUUUGGCAUCCUCUACUUAGAUUUGCAGCCUUUAGAGAAGAAAAGAGUUGGUGUGGUUUUCACACCGGCUGACUAUGGCAAAGUGACCUCACUUAUCCUCAUCAGGAAUAACUUGACUGUUAUUGACAUGAUUGGUGUGGAAGGAUUUGGAGCAAGAGAGUUACUUAAAGUGGGAGGAAGACUUCCCGGGGCAGGAGGUUCACUCCGAUUUAAGGUGCCAGAAUCCACGCUUAUGGACUGCCGUCGACAACUGAAAGACAGCAAGCAAAUUUUAUCAAUUACAAAGAGUUUUAAAGUUGAGAACAUUGGACCUCUUCCUGUAAGUGUGACAUCUCUGAAAAUUAAUGGGUAUAACUGCCAAGGUUAUGGAUUUGAAGUGCUAGAUUGUCAUCAGUUUUCCCUGGAUCCAAACACAUCCCGGGACAUCAGCAUUGUGUUUACUCCAGACUUCACCUCUUCCUGGGUCAUUCGUGAGCUGACACUUGUAACUGCCGCAGACCUGGAAUUUCACUUCACUCUCAAUGUGACCCUCCCUCAUCACCUGUUGCCUUUGUGUGCUGAUGUGGUUCCAGGACCCAGCUGGGAAGAGUCAUUUUGGAGGCUCACAGUGCUGUUUGUCAGUUUGUCCUUGUUGGGUCUGAUUUUAAUAGCCUUCCAACAAGCACAAUACAUUCUGAUGGAAUUCAUGAAAACAAGACAGAGGCAAAGUUCUAGCCCUUCUUCACAGCAAAACAACAGCUCGUUGGAUGUCAUCAGUCCCCAUUCGCACAAAAGCAAUUGCAAGAACUUUCUCGAUGCCUAUGGUCCCUCUGAUAAAGGCAGAGGUAGAAGCUGCCUUCCAGUAAACACUGCUCAAAGCAGGAUCCAGAAUGCUGCAAAGAGGAGCCCAGCAACCUAUGGCCAUUCUCAGAAAAAGCAUAAAUGUUCAGUGUAUUACAGCAAACACAAAACCAGCGCUUCUCUCAGCAGCAGUGGCAGCUCACCUACUGAGGAGAAACAGACUACGACUCUGGGCAGCUCCCUGUCUGCUCUGAAAGAGGACGUUUGCACCGACGUGAUGGGUGAGAACUGGAUAAACCUCAAAUACGCAAGUGGCAUCAAUGUCAACCUGCAAAAGAAUUUAGCCCUUCCCAAAAACUUUCUAAGUAAAGAAGAAAACACACUGAAAAACACAAUUGUUAUCAAUAAUAAUACUUCUUCAGAAUGCAAUAUGAAGGAGAGAAUACAGACAUGUAUGUUUCCUAAGGAAACUGAUAUUAAAACUUCAGAAACAAUAACUGAGCUCAAGGAGCGUGACCUCUGUCCUUUGAAGACCUCUAAGAAACUACCUGAAAAUCAUUUGCCAAGAAAUUCACCUCUGUACCAGUCAGACUUGCCAGAAAUUUCCAGGAAAAAUAAUGGGAGUAACCAGCAAGUGCCUGUCAAGAAUGAAGCAGACCAUUGUGAGACUUUGAAAAAGCAGAGUGACAUAAAGGCUUCCUCAGAGAAGAGGUCUCACAAAGCAUCUAAAGAAGACAUAAGUCCUGAGAAACAGGACGUGCCUUCCACCGAGCAAGAAGAUCCUUAUAGGAAGAAGAAGCUUCAGGAGAAAAAGGAAGGAAAUUUGCAAAAUUUAAAUUGGAAUAAAAAUCGAACAUGUAGAAAGAACAAGAAAAGGGGCAUUACCCAGCUCUCAAGGCCUUCUGAACAGAAUGAAUUAAAGCUUGUGUGCAGAGAACUGGAAAGGUCAGAGCUGAGUAGUGACGUGGAGCUAAGAAACUGGUGUGUACAGGAAAACACUGGGGAGAUUUGUAAAACAGAUGCUGAAAUUGGAAGCGUACCUGCUGCACAGGGAAAGGCAGAGGGUUACUACCGGAAGCCAGAGAAGAAAUGUGUGGAAAAGUUCUGCUCAGAUUCUAGCUCAGACUGUGGCAGCUCCUCUGGGAGCGUGCGUGCCAGCCGGGGCAGCUGGGGGAGCUGGAGUAGCACCAGCAGUUCUGACGGGGACAAGAAGCCCACGGUGGGCCCUCAGCACUUUCUACCCACUGGAGACAGUGUCCCACACAGUGAUUUUCCUUCUGAAACUCCCAUCUCAUUCAGUCUUUCCCACAAUAUCUGCAAUCCCAUAGACGUGAGUUCUCUCGCACAGUAUGCUGAAGCUCCCUGCCCCAGCCUCCCUGACGUACCAUCAGGUGUGGAUGAAGAUAAAGGUCUUUACCCACCUGGAGACCUGUGGCCCACCAAGCCCGUGUGUCUGGCAAACAGCUUAAACUGCAAUCUUGAGAACAGCGUGCCUUGUGUGAUGCGGGAGCCUCCCUCGGUUCAUAAUAGCGGUUUCAUUGACUGGAGCACAACUUUGGAAGGCCAGUUUCCCAAUGUGUACUGCCCAUUGGAGCUGAGCGAUUACAAUGCCUUUCCAGAAGAAAACAUGAAUUUCCCUAAUGGCUUCCCUUGCCCUGCAGACGUUCAGACAGACUUUAUUGAUCACAGCUCUCAGUCUACCUGGAACACCCCAGCCAACAUGCCGACUGCUUGGGGACAAGCCAGUUUCGUUAACUCUCCGCCCUACCUCACAAGCACCCGAAGCUUGUCUCCAAUGUCUGGACUGUUUGGUUCCAUCUGGGCCCCACAAAGCGAUGUCUAUGAAAAUUGCUGCCCCAUCAACUCCACCACAGAACAUGCACCUCACAUGGAAAACCAGGCAGUCAUGUGCAAAGAAUACUACCCAGGCUUUAACCCCUUUCGUGCCUAUAUGAACCUGGACAUAUGGACUACCACAGCAAAUAGGAAUGCCAACUUCCCGCUGUCUAGAGACUCGAGUUACUGUGGGAAUGUGUGA